AUGAGGAGUGGUCCUGUAUGUGUAUAAAUACAGCUAUUCUUUGCAGUAGAGGUUUGAGUUUUCUGGCUCCACUAGUCCAGGGAAGAUAUGGCUCUGAAAUGGCUUCUCAGUUCUGCAUUCACUCAAGUUUUCGGCCUCGCGGAAGGCGGUAGCUUGCAGACCAAGGCAGUUGUCGGAUGCCCUAAUGUCCAUGGAAGUGUCAAGGGUUGCAAGGAAACAGAUGGAGGGGUUGCCUGCAGCAUCAAAAUCAGCAAGGAAGACUACCCAAAUGGUUUCCAGAUGCCUGUCCAUUACCCUCGAUACUCAAAAUCGGAUUAUGAGCAGAUGGAAGAAUGGAGGGUGGACAUGCUGCUGAAAGAGUACGGGUUCAGCUUCCAGGGCAGUGUUGAUGAGAAGAGAGCAUUUGCCAUGGGGGCAUUUCUCUGGCCUGAUCAACUUUGAGAUGCGGCUGCCGCUGCUGCUUUAGGUUCUGCUGUAUAUAUAAUCAAUCAUAUCCCUUGUUAGGAAGUCUUUGAUGGCUUGAUGCUUAAUUUGUUGUGAACCUAUUAACCUGUGUGAUGAUCAUGCUAUCUGAAGCAUGAUUGUAUAGAAAAUUAUGUUUUUAAUUAGGUGUUUAAAUAUAUAAUUAUUAGUAAUUAAUCCGUCGUAAAUGAUGUGAUCUUUUCGAAAUAGUUUCACUUGAUCUUGUA